AUGAAGCCGGCGCGGCUGCUGCUGCUGCUGAGCGGGUGCGCGCUGCUGCUGGCGCCGGCCGUGCGCGGCUGCGGGCCGGGCAGGGUGGUGGGCAGCCGCCGCCGCCCGCCCCGCAAGCUCAUCCCGCUCGCCUACAAGCAGUUCAGCCCCAACGUCCCCGAGAAGACGCUGGGGGCCAGCGGCCGCUACGAGGGCAAGAUCGCGCGUAACUCGGAGCGCUUCAAGGAGCUCACGCCCAACUACAACCCCGACAUCAUCUUCAAGGACGAGGAGAACACCGGAGCCGACCGGCUCAUGACCCAGCGCUGCAAGGACCGCUUGAACUCCCUGGCCAUCUCUGUCAUGAAUCAGUGGCCGGGGGUGAAGCUGCGGGUGACGGAGGGCUGGGAUGAAGACGGGCACCACUCAGAGGAGUCGCUGCAUUAUGAGGGCCGAGCUGUGGACAUCACGACCUCGGACCGGGACCGCAACAAGUACGGCAUGCUGGCUCGCCUGGCCGUGGAGGCUGGCUUCGACUGGGUCUACUACGAGUCCAAGGCACACAUCCACUGCUCCGUCAAGUCAGAGCACUCGGCCGCUGCGAAGACGGGGGGCUGCUUUCCUGGGCAGGCGCUGGCGACGCUGGAGGACGGUGCCCGGACACCCCUGUGGGCCCUGCGCCCGGGCCAGCGGGUGCUGGCGAUGGACGGGGCGGGCAAGCCCAUCUACAGCGACUUCUUGGCUUUCCUGGACAAGGAGCCCCGCGCCCUCACCUCCUUCCACGUCAUCGAGACGCAGGAGCCACCCCGGCGCUUGGCCCUGACACCCACCCACUUGCUUUUCGUGUCCGAGAACGCCUCGGCGCCUGCCCCCCACUUCCGCCCCACCUUUGCCAGCCGUGUGCGCCCCGGACAUUUCGUGCUGGUGGCGGCAGAGGGAGGAGGCUUGCAGCCUGCCGAGGUGGUGCGGGUGCGGGACCGGAGGGACGUGGGAGCCUACGCCCCACUGACACGCCACGGGACGCUGGUGGUGGACGACGUGGUGGCCUCGUGCUUCGCCCUGGUGCAGGAGCAACAUCUGGCACAGCUGGCCUUCUGGCCACUCCGGCUCUACCACAGCCUGGUGGGGUGGCCAGGGGAGCAGGGGGAUGGUGUGCACUGGUACUCGGGGCUGCUCUACCGCCUGGGCAGGCUGCUCCUGCCCCCCGACAGCUUCCACCCGCUGGGGGUACCCCAGGUGGAGAGCUGAGGGUGCGCCCCAGCCGGCACUGCUGGCGGAGGUGGUGGCUGCGGGGCAGCUCACUGGGGACCAGCAUCCCCUCCCAAAGCUGGGUGCCCAUGGGGAGCUGCCUCCAGCCCUGCCUGCUUGGGGCACAGCCACCUCCUGGUUGGGGGGCACCAGGGCUCCCUAGUGUGCCUCCUCCAUGCCCACCGCCCCCUCCUCACCCCCAUUGUUCCUGGGGGCAGGGAGGGAGGGAUGAAGGGUUGCUCCCCCCUGGACAUGGGGGUGCCCCUGGCUGGAUCCACAUGCUGCUAUUUGUGUGUGUGCGUAUGAUGUGUGUGUGCGUGUGCAGAAUUAGCUAACGGCGGAGGUCUGAUAGAUGAGGGGGAGCGGGAAGUGGAGAGAGCUCCCACGGGGCUCGCAGCCUGCCUGCACCCAGUGGGGAGGCUUUGGGAGAGGGGCCCCAGCACCCUUUGUUGUGCAGCCCAGGUGAGAGGGUGGGCGAUGCCAUUCCCACCCCUGGGACACGGCAGCUGGGAAGAAGGUGACCGAGGUACUGGGACUGUGCCUUGCCCUUAGCCUUGACUGUGGGUGCAGGGGGACACCCAAAACCAGCCCCUGUAUGCCUGGGGUGCCCAAGCACAGGCAGGGGUGGAGGGGCUGGCACGGCUCUGGGAUGAGACCCCUGACUUGGUGACGUGAGUGCUGCUGGAGCAAGAGGCUGGGGAGUGGGACCCUGAGCUCUGCCCCAAGCCAGCACUGGAGCCACCCGGCCCGUGGGGAGGCUGUGACAGCAUGGGGGGCUCUGGCUGGCAAGAGGGGGCUCUGGAGGCAGGCAGGUGGGCAGGAAGGUGUGAGUCCCUGCCAGGCAUGGGCAGGCACUGGUGGGAGCAGGGGCGGGGAGACCUGGGGCUGCAGCCCCAGCCUGCUGGAGCAGAGGGAAGGAAAGCGGCUGGGGACAAAACACUCCCUUCCUUGCCUUCCUGCCCUGGCCUGGCUCAGCCCAAAGCCAUGCCUUUCUCACCCCAAAGCUAAAAAAAAAAAUCCCCAAGCUCCAGACUGGCCUGACCUCCCCAACGCCCCCCUGAGCACCCCUCAGAGUAACCCGUUGCUGCUGACCCACUCCCAGGAUCUGUGGGGAGUCACAUCAGAGCUGCAGCCACAAUUCCCACCCACCCCCCCCCGCCCCGCCCCGCCCCCCAAAUCCUAGCUAGAGUCUCAGCCUCCCCUGGCUCCAUGUUAGUGGAGGUGAGGGGGUGGGAGGGUUUGGGCUAUGACCCGUGUCCCCCCUGCAGCAUCACGCGUCUUUAUUUAUUUAUCUGCUCUUUAUAUGUGCCAUAGAUGGGAGGCAUUGUGGGCGCGUGCAGGGUGAGACGGGAGUGGGCAGGGGGGAAAGAUGUUCAGUUGGGAGGGGUGAUUUUUUUUUUAAAAACAAAAUGCAGAAAUUAUUUAAAGAUUAUUUUAAAGCACAGUUUUUAUGGUGAUUGUUGUCUGGGGUGACGUGAGAAAGCGCGAGCGCGGCCGACGGCAGGUGUAUUUUUGUCUCUUCACUGGAUGUACCUUUCCUGGUCGGGGACACGGCCCAAUAAAUCCAUCGUCUCCCA